AAACAGCUCGACUCGUGCAUCGCGGCACAGCAGCAGCACCACCACCACCAACCACCACCAACCAUGGGUCUCAGCAGUCUCCCCACCACCCUCUUCCUCGGUCUCCGCUCCGCCCUCUUCGUCCUCCCCUGGACCAUCCACCUCUUCCUUGCCGACCUGCUGCUCUCCCUCCUCCUGCCGCUGGCCCUGCUCGCGCCCACCUUCGUCUAUCAUCUCUCCUCCCACAUCGCCGAGUCCGUGUGGAGAGGCGUGCAAUUGAUCUUCACGCGUUUCAACCACGCGCAAAUCAUCCUCUCCAACGCUUCUUCUCUUCCUCAUGGCGAGUCCGCCAUUGUCGUCUCCAAUCACAUUGACUGGUGCGAUUUUUAUCUCAUUCAAGAAUUGGCACUGAAAUGUGGUAUGCUCGGACGAUGUCGGUGGUUCGCCAAGCAGCAAUUAAAGUGGGUUCCAUUCUUGGGAUGGGGAUUGUGGGCGAUGGGUAUGCCAUUGGUGAGUAGAAGGUGGAUGGAUGAUAAAAGGGAGAUGGAGAGGGUAUUCCAUGGGAUUACGCGGAGAGGUUGGCCGACUUGGCUCAUCUCCUUCUCCGAAUCCACCCGUUACACCCGCGAAAAGCACGCCCAAACAACAACCUGGUGUCGCGAACACUCCAAGCCUCUUCCGCAACACACCCUCCAUCCGCGCACGAAAGGUUUCGUCGCCACCGUGCAAGCUCUCCGCGCUGCACCUCACGUCCGCGCUGUCUACGACGUGACCAUCGCCUACAAUCACCACCGCGGCCAGCGACGGAGUUCAGGCGACAAGGGAUUCAUGCGCCCACCGACCUUUUUACAGACGAUUUUCCGGCCUAGGAUCGCGGAGAAGUGGGAAGUGUAUGUGCAUGUUGAUCGAUUUGAGUUGAGCGAGUUGCCGGAAAGUGAGGAGGGACUGGCGGCGUGGUUGGAGGGUCGGUGGGUUGUGAAAGGGGAGAGGCUUGAGGAGUUGCGGAGAAGGGCCGAGAAGGGCGAAGCAUGGAGUGGUGAUGAGAUGGAGAGCGCGAGAGGCGGUGGAAAGCCCAGUAAUGGGAACGGCAAGGUGAUGAGAAAGAAGGAGUAG